AUGGGUGGACCCGGCUUCGUGGACGGAGAGGAGCGGGAUGAGUUCGCGAAUUUCUUCCCUUGUAGCAUCGAGAAGGAUGGCAUCGUUUACCCGUCAGCGGAGCACUUCUUUCAGGCCCACAAAACUCUGGAGGAGAAGCAGAGGCAACGCAUCGCUUCAGCCAGUUUCGAGGAAGUCUACGGGCUGGGACAAGCGGCGACCCUGCGCCCAGACUGGGAGGCCGUGAAGCUCGAGGUGAUGCUCGAGGCCGCAGAGCGAAAGUACGCGCAGAAUCCGAAGUUGGCCAAGGCGCUCUUGGCCACGAAGGGCGAGGAAAUGACGUUUACCCCUUCUGCUGGUUUCUGGGGCGUCGACGCCUGGGGCUGCGGUGAGAAUUGGAACGGGCGCAUCCACGCCAUCGUGCGUGCCAAGAUGGCGGGGGACAGUCGACUCCACACCACCCUGCACGGGCAGUUGCUCUCUCGAUGCGCGGCGUUGAGAACCUGA